GUUUUUUUAUGUUGUACUGUCAAGUUGGCCUUAUAUAAUUGUUUGCUAUGAAAAUAAAUGAGAAAAAUCUCAUAGCUUUUAGCAUUGCUCCAACCACAGUUCACCGAGAUGGAGUCCUACUUAAACAAGGAGAGAAUAAUCGGACAUUUUUGAAGAGAUGGUUUGUCCUCAAAGGAAAUCUUCUAUUCUACUUUGAAAAACGUGGAGACAAAGAGCCCAUCGGUGUCAUCAUCAUUGAGGGAUGUACAAUUGAACUGGCUGAGCAUGAAGAACAAGUUUUUUGCUUCAGGAUUGUUUUCCCUGCCAGAGAGUAUGUGCUGGCCGCUGAUAGUCAGGAAAGCUUGGAGAAAUGGAUGAAGUCUCUAGCGCGAGCAUCCUACACUUACCUCAAGCUGAUGGUGGCUGAGCUGGAAUCUCAGCUGAAGGAGCUUGACUGUGCUUGGUCGAGUAUUGAAGAGUCAAAAGACGGCGUGAGCGGCCACAGUGAUGCAGUGGUCAGCAACGCUCGUCACAGGCUAAAUCCCUUCAACACUGCCGAGGAGAACAUGGCUAUUGUCAUGGCCAUGGAAGACGAUGAAGAAACAGGCCACAAAGAUAAGCGGCCUCGCAGCUUCACAGUAUCUGGCAGCCAGUCAUCGCCAUCUACACCACAGCUAGGCUCUUCUACCGCUACUUCAGCUUCAAUGCAUUCCAGCUCUCGCACUUCAAUUUCUAAUCCAUGCUCCCCGCCCUCAACACCACCUCGCCCUGUACCACCAAAACGACAGAAGAAAGCAGUUCGUGCCAACGCCUUACUGCACGUGGUAGCCAAGAAGUCUUCCUCUGGCUCCGACGUCUCAAGCUCGGGUGAUACCGUGGCCGCAAGUGGUAGCACCUGUCACUGUCAACAACUCGGCGCCACGUCCUGCUCAUGUUGCCGAGAAUAUUUCCUCUUCCAACAACUCCAUAUGGAUUACGGCGCUGCAAUUUUACGCGAUAGAGAAAUGCACAGAUUAUUAUGCACCCAAAAUGAUGUUUCAUAAUCCGGUAUCUUUUACUAGUUCAUAUUGUAUUAUUUAAGAGUUGAUCAAGUUAUGACUUUUUUAGAGCGUAGAAUUGUUAGUUGGCACAUAUUGUCGCACCAAGUUUCUAGUAUAAUAUGUUACCCGGUAAAUUAGAUAUUACACAGAUCAAAUAUUUAUACGAUAGGUUGAUUUAUCAAGGCAAGAAUAGCAUUUUUUAUCAGCACAUGUCAAGAGUUAAGUGUUAUGCUACGAGCUAGUCAAGUAUAUCGUCUAGGAAUGUUAGUUUGUUCAGUUAAUGCUUUGAUUGCCGGAAAUUAAUGAAAACUUGAUGCAAACAGUUUUUGAUUUGACUGGCAUGUGAAAUAUAUACUAUUAUUUGC